CACGUGACUGGGGAGAAGUGAAAGCAAAUGUUAAGUAUGUCCUGGUUUUCAGUGCAGAGGAGUGUUUGGGAAGCCUGCUCGUGAAUCUGUACCCUGGGAAAUGAAAACAUGACUCCUUUUGUUUUCUCCUGCCUGUUCCUCAUACAGCUCUCCGGUAGCCUGGCUUUGGUGGUGACACCAGGUGACCUGGCUGUGCUAGAGGGCCGCUCGGUGACUGUCCCCUGCCACUACGACCCCCAGUACGUCCACCACGUCAAGUACUGGUGCCAGGGCAGGAUGAAGGACUUCUGCACGACCCUGGCACGCUCUCAUACCACAGAUGACGCAGAGACAGUGGAGAGCCAGGUUUCCAUUUUUGAUGACCCCACCCAGCUUGUGUUCACGGUGACCAUGACGAACCUGACGGUGGGGAAUUCUGGCUGGUACUGGUGCGGGGUGGAAGUGGGUGGCGUGUGGCAGUCCGAUGACGCCGCCUCACUUCACAUCAGCGUUGAGCACGGUAUGUCAGUGAUGAACAGCAUGGUCCAUGGAGAGGAGGGAGACAGCAUCACUGUUCAGUGCCAAUACAGUGUCCGCCACAGGGGGAGUGUUAAGAAGUGGUGCAGGAGUGGGGACUGGGGCUCUUGCUUGAAGACGGACUCUAAUGGAACCUUCCGGAAUGAGGCAGUGGAGAUCCGAGAUGACGGGAGAAAAGCCUUCACUGUGACCCUGAAGAACGCACAGAGGAGAGACAGUGGCUGGUACUGGUGCGGGUCUGGGGAGCAGCAGGUGGCUGUCCAUGUUAUGGUUACUCCUCGCGCCACAACAACUCUGUCCAUGGUGACCGACCCAACUGCACUGGUCACUGAGGAGACAUCUCUUACCCCAGUCACUGAGGAGACAUCUCUUACCCCAGUAGCUGAGGAGACAUCUCUUACCCCAGCUGCCCCACCUGCCAGAGGACUUGUGCACCAACAAAAUGAUACUUGGAUGCCUCCACUGGUGGUCUGUUUGGCUUUCCUGUUGUUGCUGAUGGUGAUUCUGGCCACACAUAAACUAUGGAGACAUUACAAGAGGAACCGAUUAGCCAAAGAAACAGAGGAGCUGCAGUCAAGCCUUGAGGUCUGUCCGGUGAGAGAGGCAGACUGGAAGAAUUCAACCAUCGUCUUCCUGAACACCUCCACACAACAGCUACAGGUGCUGGGGAAGGACAAAUACAACUUCUGAACACAGCGCACAGGCCUUUGCUCAGAGAGCACCAGUUCAGUCCGAAAUGCUGCAACCCCCCCGGUGUUUAUCCCUAUGCUGUUUAGGCCCAAAAAUGAUUUGUAAUACCACUAAUGAUUAGUAUGCCUUCAGAACAUGUAUGUGCUUGCAAAGAGAGACUACCUAAAUUGAAGAAUUGAAGUCAACUAUAUCACUACUCACUUUGGACAAAAGUAUAGUACUCUUGAUCGUACUGGAUUGCACCAGUAAUGAUGGUCGCUCUGCUCAUAACUGAUGCUUAUGAUCCUGAAUGUAAAAAUACAGCAGCUCUGUGAUAAAACAACAUGUUAUCAAGUAAUAUGUCUUUUGCCAUUCUAAAUAGAUGAAUUAGUUAAAACUGUAUUUCCUUAAAUACAAGUGGUGUCAUUGAAGGUACUUUAAGUGCCUUUUUAAAACUGGUUUGUAUAAAGCUCCAUCACUUCUCUCUUAGCUAUAGAAACCAAGGGCUUGAUGAACAAGGAUGUUUCCCAAUAAACAUGCAUAACUGAUUUCUAUCAUUUCAUAAAAACUUUUAAUGAAUGAUCAAGACUGCACCCUUUAAACACCAUAAUCAGUUAUGAUUUUCACAAUUUACAUCACUGUUACAUUGCAAAUGUCUGUGGACAUGGUCAUAGUCAUCGGAAUCAUGCCUGUUUUCCCAACUGCCAGCCUAAUUCUGACCAAAUAAACAUGAAUCCUGCUGUA